AUGAUAAGAUUGGCUGAAAUGAGAACUGCAAGUGCCAUGCAUGGUACAUUCCGGUCUUCUGCCGUUGGAGUUCCGGUCUUAAUGCGCAUAUCAACGGCUGCAAAAUCCACCUCGUCAAACUCAUCAACUUCCUUAUUAGAUAUUUCUACCAAGGUGCUCAAUGAGUCAGAUAUAUUGAAACAUGACGACAAGUCGUUCAUCACUCACAAUCUCUUUCCUCAUCCUGAAUUUGGAACCAAAGAAUGUGAAGAAGUGAAAUAUGAACAUAGAGAACCUCGUAAUGUUUCCGAUACAAUUGCAUUUCGAGGAGUCAACUUUUUCCGGUGGUGCUUUGAUAUGGUUACAGGGUACAAGAAACCACGUAACGACCACGAUUUGGAAACUGGAUUCAAGGGAACAAGAUGGGAAAUGACGGAAAAUAAAUGGUUGACUAGAAUCAUUUUUUUGGAGAGUAUUGCCGGGGUUCCAGGAAUGGUUGCUGCAUUUUUACGUCACCUUCAUUCUCUUAGAUUGCUCAAAAGAGACAGAGCUUGGAUAGAAACGCUUUUGGACGAAGCUUAUAACGAGCGUAUGCAUUUAUUGACGUUUAUCAAGUUGGGACAACCUUCUUGGUUUACUCGUUUUAUCAUCUAUGUUGGUCAAGGUGUGUUUUGCAAUGCGUUUUUCUUGUGCUACUUGAUGGUCCCAAAGUACUGUCACAGAUUCGUGGGUUAUAUUGAAGAAGAAGCUGUGAGUACUUAUAGUCAUUUGGUGUAUGAACUCGACACAAAAAAACUUCCCAAAUUUGACCACAUGAGAGUUCCACCAGUGGCCAUUCAAUACUGGACAGAACUUGACGAAAACUCCACUUUCCGUGAUUUAAUCUUGAGAGUGCGUGCAGACGAAGCCAAGCACCGUGAGGUGAAUCACACAUUGGCAAACCUCGAUCUGACCGACAGAAAUCCAUUUGCUAUGAAAAUUGAGGAAGUCGACAAACCUCAGCCAGAAAAUGGAUUGAAGGUGCAAAGACCUACUGGAUGGGAGAAGAAAGAUUUGAUUUUGUAG